AUGAAUAUUUUCAGAAGAAUGUCAGGUUAUCAGUUUUUAGACGAAUUAGUUAAGGAGUACUUGGUAUUUCGUGGAUUUGUAACGACAUUGAAAUGGUUUGAUUCCGAUCUAAAAUAUGAGAAGGAAAAAGGAUUUCGGGUUGACAGGGUUUUAGAAUCCAUCAAUCAAUCAGUAUCAUCUCAUGAUUUGACCUCAUUGUUAGAAAUAUGGAAACAUUUUGAGACAACCCUGUUCUCUAAACUAGAUCCAAACAAGGUUAGUAUCUUUAUUGGCAUCUAUAAAUAUAAAGUUGUAAUCUCUGUUUGUCUGUUUGUUUGUCCGAUCAUAGCUCAUGAACCCUUUGCCCGAUUUGUCUCUAAUUUUGAUUGGGGAACUCGGGAGAUUCACGGGAAUGUUCUAAGCUUAGUUGUUGAUUAAUUCUAAGUUAAAUGG